GACGGUGGCGUUUCGGGCCGUUGUUAGCGAGUCUCACGCCCUCCAUCUCCCUUCUGGCGUCAUCGCGCGGGCGAUUCUCUCACCCUUGUCCCCGAAAACUACGGAAUGCGGAGCACAGCGCCGGUUAUACUUCCCUCAUGUGUUAGCUGAGAAGGUCAAAACAGUCACCUCCAGGGGCAAGAUAUUCCAUAGGCAGAAACAGUGGCAGAGAAGGCUCUGUCAAUUGAAAUUAUGCUUGCUGACUGAAUGCCCAACUCCUUGGAGGAAAAAAUCUAUAAUGGAUCCUAGCUCUGAUUACCACUUUCUUCAUCGUGUUUUGGGGAAAACUCUACACAUCACAUUGAAAUGUGGCACAUUCCAGGGGAUAUUGCAACAUGUGGAUUCCAGUCAGUGUAUCUUUCUAAACAGAGUUAAGAAUUUGGAAAAUGGCAGAAAUGUACCUGGAAUAAAGAGGUUCUUUGGCUAUGAAAUUGUUAAUGUGGAAUUGCUCGAUGACCUAGAACAACCUGCUGCAGAAAGAAAUUUCACUCCUACUAGAUCCAGGGAAUCUCCACUUACUAAGUUGUCUGAAAUCAGCCAAGGAUCACUGCGGGAUCAAAGCAUCCAUAGAGCUAAUCUUGUUUCCCCAGUGAGCCAGCAACUCUGUUUGGGUAAUGUUAAGUAUAAGUUUCCUGAUAAUUAUCAAACAUUCACUUCAGUACUUAAUUUGUAA